GCGAAAAUCGAACCAUAUGGGAUGCCUAGAACACAGAACGUUCAAGCGUGAUCUAGUUCGGUAUAAAUAGGAACUGUGUCGAUUGGAUAAGUAUCAUAAUUAGACCAAGCGUUGAACCGAGCAGUUCGAAUCAACUCUCUCUAAAGACCAAUCAUGAAGUGCAUCAUCGCUGCAGUCAUUUUGGCCAUGGCCGUUGUCACCGAAGCCGGAGUGGUUCCAUGGGGAUGGCCACAUGCCGCUGGUCUGCCAGCCGCCGUUCCUGUAGCUGCGUGGCCGGGAGCUCAUGGCUGGGGAGCUCAUGGUUGGGGUGCUCCCGGAUGGCCAUUGGCUGGCGCUUGGCCAGCUGCUGUUCCUGCUCUCCACGCUGCUGCUCCACUUCUCGCGGCUCCUCAUGCUCCAGUCGCUUCGGUUGCUCAUCAUGCCGGAGUUGUUCCCGGAGCUACCUCUGUCACCGCCAACCGUGGAUCCGUCCAUGUUGCUCCUCUGCCAGGACAUGCCAUUUCACAGCAGCAGCUCAACCUUGCCCCAGCUCCAGGAACCAUCUAAAAUGUGAUAACUAGUCCCACGCCUCCCGAAUCGGAAAUCAAUGGCCACCGAACUGUGCGGCAACGCACUUCCCUCCGAGGACGACUUGUGCAAUCAACAGAACUCGAGAUCGUUAAAAGUGAUAUACUCAUUAGAUGAUAAGGCAAAGCUACUGCAAACAACAACUGAAAAACACGAGAGAUUCGUAUUUACAUGAUAGCAAGAUUGGAAUAAAAAUGAUACCUGUUUUUAUUGCAAAACA